AUGCGUCUCCACUUGCUGACCACGCUCUUGAGCAUUCUCGUCCUCGGAUCUGCUCGGAGUCUCAAGUGUGGCAGCAGCAACCAGUUCCCGGACCUCCUCGACGCCGAGCUGGAGGAUCUAGUGACUGGACUUGAGGCAGGACUAUGGACCAGUGUGGACCUAGUCAACGCGUACACCGCACGUAUCGUGGAGGUCAACAGCACUCUGCAUGCUGUCACAGAGCUUAACCCAGACGCCCUGGCUAUUGCAGAGGCAAGUGAUGCAGCACGCAAGAAUGGAUCCAUAUGCGGUCCUUUGCACGGGAUACCCAUACUGAUCAAGAACAACAUUGCAACCGACGACAAGAUGAACAACACGGCUGGAUCAUGGGGCUUGCUGGGCGCGACGGUUCCGCGAGACGCCACUAUGGCAGCGAAGCUGAGGAAAGCUGGAGCCGUUAUUCUUGGGAAGACCAAUCUAAGUCAGUGGGCCAAUUAUCGCUCCGACAACAGUAGCAAUGGAUGGUCAGCAUAUGGUGGUCAGACAUACGCAGCCUACUACCCCGGCCAAGAUCCCUCCGGCUCUUCAAGCGGAUCUGGUGUAUCAAGCUCAAUCGGUCUUGCUCUUGCAUCGCUCGGCACUGAGACAUCAGGGAGCAUCUUGAGCCCUGCUGAUGUCAACAAUCUGGUCGGUAUUAAGCCCACGGUCGGCCUCACUAGUCGCUAUCUCGUGAUCCCAAUCUCGGAACACCAAGACACGGUCGGGCCGUUCGCAAGAACGGUCAAAGAUGCGGCUUAUGUGCUGCAGGCUAUUGCUGGGCAGGAUCCUAACGAUAAUUACACAUCGGCCAUACCUUUCAAUGGCAGCCUUCCAGACUACGUCGGUGCCUGCAAGUACGGCGCUUUGUCCGGCGUGAGGAUCGGCGUAGCAAGGAAUGUUCUCGAAAUCUGGGCUAGGUAUACCGACGCUACUGUACUCGCAGCGUUCGACGAAGCAGUAGAGCAGAUCCGCAACGCUGGAGCUACGAUUGUCGACGCCAACUUCACGGCCUUCGAAGCAUGGCAGAACGAUAACAACAAUACCCUGACAGGAAAUGCAGACUUCCUCACGGGUCUGGCGAAUUACUUGAGCGAACUUGCCUACAAUCCUUAUGGCAUCGAGAAUCUCGCAGAGCUCGAGAACUUCACUCACAGCUUUCCCAUCGAAGACUGGCCUGAGCGGGACACAGCCAUCUGGGAGGGCGCUCUUAAUCAGACCUGGAACAACUCUGACCCUCGUUUCUGGCCGGCAUACCAAGCGAACCUCUUCUAUGCAGGUGAGGGCGGCAUUCUCGGAGCUCUGGAGAGAACCAACACUAGCGCAGUGUUACUACCGACGCAGCUCAGCCCGUCUAUCCCAGCACUCGUCGGAAGCCCUGUGAUAACUGUCCCUAUGGGCUUCUAUCCCGCCGAUACUAACGUCACCAUGAACGGAUUUGGGAAUCUGGUAGCGUCAGCACCGAACAUUCCCUUUGGGCUGUCUUUUAUGGGUGCCAAGUUCAGCGAGGCGGAUCUUAUUGGGUUUGCGUAUGCCUAUGAGCAGAGGACGAUGCAUCGGUACGACGUGAAGCCGUACAUCGUGCCUAAUAUUGGCUUGGCGGAUGUGAUUAGCACGAAGUGA